GAGGUGUUCACCUUGUCUAACUGGUCUUCAGGUAAUUUUUAAUUGAGAUGUGUUUUUUCAGGUGAACAACAAAAUGGAGUACAAAGUCAGGUUCACGACAACUCAAGCCAUGUCUCCAAUAUGCCAUUUGAUAGUCUACUAUGUUAGAGAAGAUGGGGAAUUUGUAGGCGACGCUAUGGAUAUACAAGUCGAAGGAGUUUUGCAGAACUUUGUCGAUCUCCAGCUAAACACAGUCGAAAGUGAACCAAACCUCGACGUAGAGAUGAUUGUGAGAGCUCAACAGAACUCUUACAUAGGACUCUUAGCUGUUGAUGAAGGAGUGAAAAUGUUGAGAGACGGAUAUGAUGUUGAUAUGAAAUACAUUGUUGACGAAUUGAAGAAAUAUGAUUUGGCUACGGGCACUCCGUAUCCUCAAUAUCUGAUGAAUACCAAGAAGCAGUUCAUAUGGAAACCUGGAAAUAGUAAUCCAUACUCAUCUAUUAAGGAAUCAGGUGCCAAUCUCUUAACCAACGCUGAAAUCGACAGGAACGAACCAACUCUGGAGGACAUCUACCUUAGGCCAGUCUUUUACGGAUCGUCAACCUUAAAACCUGACCGCGGUUACGCGAUUGCCGCAGUUCCUGCGACCAGGCCUCCUCUGGCUGGUCCUUACGCCUUCAGUAGGAUCCCUAAACCUGUGUGGAAUAAGCCUAAAGUGUAUUUGUUUCAAGACGUUGCCCCGACCUGGCUGUUUAGAAAUUUUUCUUCCGGAUAUGAAGGAAAACAUUCGGUCAGGGCAAGACUACCAGGGACACUGAGCACAUGGUCCAUAACUGGUUUUUCCUUGGAUCCUGUCCACGGUUUGGGCAUAACAACGUCACCAAAGAAAAUCCAUGUGUCCAAGCCAUUCAUGGUCACAUUGGACCUGCCAUACUCCGUACAAGUUGGUGAAAUCCUAGCAGCCUCGGUUGUGGUUCACAAUAACAUGAACCAAGACGUUAACGUUGAGGUCACCUUGCACAAUCCUGAGAACAAACUGGAGUUUGCUGAGGUUUCUAAUGAAAUUAACGCUACGAGAAAAGUCGAAUUAUACAGAAGAAAAAGAUUGACUGUUCUAAAAAACUCCAAGGCGCCUGUGUCUUUCAUGAUUAUGCCUACCAAAAUAGGCCCCAUAGAAGUGAAAGUUACAGCCAAUAGUCCGAGAAAUCAAGAUGUUGUAAUGAAAGAUUUGCUUGUAGUGGUGGGAGGCGAAACAGAAUACUACACAAAAUCCGUCCUGCUAGACCUACGAGGCCAACAAAACCUGAAACGCUCUAUCAACUUCACCAUACCGAAAGCCAUAGUACCAAACUCCGAAUUUGUCGAGGUAUCAGUGGUUGGAAGUUUCCUAGCUCCCGCUAUGAUACACCUAGAUAACCUGAUCAGGUUACCAACAGGCUGCGGCGAACAAACCUUGGCGCACUUCAUGACCAACCUCAUCAUUCUGCAGUACCUGAGGUCUACUAAGCAGCUGCCGACCAAAGUAGAAAGAGAUGCUGUGGGGCAUUUGGAGACCUCGUACCAGAAGCAACUGCCUUUCAGAAGGGAAGAUGGGUCGUUCAGUCCUUUUGCUUCGAGAGAUGAAAAUGGUAGCAUUUGGUUGACAGCUUAUGUAGUCCAAACAUUCAGCCAAGCGAGAGAUUUCAUCUAUAUCGACGAAAACGUAACUGACACUGCUCUAAAUUGGCUAGUAGCUCAUCAAGGUAGAGACGGAAGUUUUUACGAAAGUGGAAAUAUUCUUCACGAAGAAUUGCAAAGCAGAGGAGGAUACAGCCUGGCAUUGACAGCUUUUGUUAGCAUUGCCAUGCUAGAAGCGAAUCAGCGAAACAAUCCCUUGGUGACAAACUCUGUGAACAAAGGCUUGGACUACAUCGCAAGAUACAUCGACGAUUCAGCCUCAUCCUAUACCCUAGCCCUUUGUAGCUAUGCUCUACACUUGUCCAAACAUCCCUCCAAACUAAGCGCUUUCAAUCUCCUCAACGCGAAGUCCAAGAACAAGAAUCACAUGAAAUGGUGGGCCAAGGAAUUUCCUUCUAAGGAAGAGAAGAACCCUUGGAUGACACUACCUAGAUCUAUCGAUAUCGAGACCACAUCCUAUGGCCUUUUAACCUAUUUGGAAGCUAAUCAAUUAGAAGACGCAGUGAACAUUUUGGACUGGUUGCUGAACCAACAAAAUAGUAUGGGCGGUUUCACUUCUUCGCAUGAUACUGUGGUUGGGCUCAUGGCGUUGUACAGAUUGGUCAUAAGAUUGGCAACUCCAAGCAAUAUGCAGGUUGAAGUGGAGUAUGGGAAAAGUGGACACGAGCAUUUUAGCGUUAAUAAGAAUAAUGAUAUGAUCAUGCAAAGUAGACAGAUAAGCAAAGAUGCCAGAGAAGUGAACAUCACAGCCCAAGGAUCAGGCCUAGCAGUAUUUAGGGUGGCAUACAAAUACAACGUGAAUGUUACUGGACCUUGGCCUUUGUUCACUUUGGAUCCACAGGUGGACAAAAAUUCGAAUUGGCAUCAUUUGCAAAUAUCCAUCUGUACAGCAUACGCAAACAAAAACUUGACAGAUAGCCAGCAAAGCAACAUGGCCGUUAUGGAGGUGACACUUCCGUCAGGUUUCACAGCCGACAUUGAUUCUCUACCAAGCUUGGAGGUCUCGCAAAACGCCCAGAAAGUCGAGACCAGCCAUGAUCUGAGCAAAGUCAUCAUUUACUUUAACAAUAUCACCAGGGAAGAGUACUGUCCAACGGUUUCAGCCUAUAGGACGUACAAAGUGGCUAAGCAGAGGCCUGUGCCUGUAGUCGUCUAUGAUUAUUAUGAUACUUCAAGAAGAGCUAGAAUCUUUUACCGUGGUCCCACAGCAACUUUAUGUGAUAUCUGUGAAGGUGAAGAUUGUGGUGACAUCUGUUACAAAGAAUCACCGAUCGGAAAACUGCAAAGAGAAGACUCCGACUCCGAUGGUGGACAUGCAGCUUCAUUCCAGCUGUCACUUUUUGCACUGAUGCUGUCAUUUUUUGUCACUGCCGUGUAGAGAAUGUACCAUAGAUGCCAUACAUACAAAACCAUACCUACUUUCUUGGACAAUUCGACAUAUUCUCGUAGAUAUCAUGACUAGUAUUUAUUGAAAUACGAUCAUUUUAUUAUUUCUUAAAUAUCACCCGAGGAAGAAUGGUUUUUGAUUAAAAACACAUUUCGACUUACUGAUAUAUUCUUAUUAACUGUGAUUUUAAGCUAGUAGUUUGUAAGAUUUUUUUACCUGGUAGAAAUAUAAGAUGUAAUACUCGUAGCAUUGAUUAACGUACUCUUCUAGAAGAUAAUAUCCGAUCCAAUGCAAUCUAUGAGAAUUUGUCACAGCUGUUUUUCUAUUUCUAUAUACCGGGUGUUUCAAAUUCGACCCUCACCACUGGCAUCUCGGAAACUGUAGAAGAUACGAAGUCGCUUAAAGGGGGCAAAGCUUUUUCCUAACUUUAUUUGUAGUGAGCAUUUACAUUGCCACUUUUCCACGUGUACAAGAUGGCAUAAUCAGAAUUUGUAUAUGACGUUUCGUUUGUUGCCCUCCAACAUCAACUUUAUUUUUUCUUGUGGAUGCCAUAUUGGAUUCUUGCACAGAUGUAUAGAGUUUUUAAUUCUGAUUCUAAAAAUGUACAACGUGUCAUAAAUUGGCAUUGGUAAACUUUGGUUAUUAGGAAACAUAAUUUCCUAGGUAGGCUUUGAAAUUGUCAGAUAGUCAUUUGUUUCGUGUACUAGAUUUAACACAAAAUAUUUAUUUUUUCCUGACUUCGUUUCAGAUGCUAUUUCGAAAUAAAUUGCAUAUUGUCAUUGCCACAUUUUCUCAUCUUCAAGAUGAUCAACUUUGUUUUUUCAUAUGAACACCAUAUUGGUUAUUUCUACAUUUAAAUACUACUAAGAAUUAAAUUUAAAUAUGUGAAGUUUAUUGUGACAUAUUCAAUUCAAUUAUUUAUAACUAAAUGCCGAAUCAAAAAUUGUGUUCAAUUGUGUAAAAUUUCAAUAGGGAGUCCAUAAGAAAAGAACAAAGAUGAGGUUAGAGAUCGAAAGCAGAAACAUCUAAUUCAGAAUUUGAUUACGCCCUCUUGUAGAGGAGCAAGAGCGGCAAUGCUAAUAUGUGAUUUAUUUCAAAAAAAUAUAUUAUAUAUUUUUGGGAUCAGAAUUAAUAAUUGUUGGCUAUCUUCAGACAGAAUACAUUAAUCAAUGGUAAUAGCUAUAGUAAGUAGUAAAAACUAAAUGCCAUAACAUUAGUUACCAUAGAGCAAUCUUAAUAAUCACAAUGUAAUAAUAUGCACAUUUCCGAAUUCUAAAUAACUCAAACUGUAUUAACUUCCAUAUUUUUGGUAAUAAAGAAGAAAGAAAGAG